AAGUCGCCGGGCUACUUUACGCGCAGCAUUUUAAGUGGGAAAAGGACGGUAAAGUGGGUGUAAAUCUUCCAUAAUAUCACAUUCGCGACUCUAAGGACACUUAGAACGGUCAAAUAGCCAUCUUAGCGUCAGUGGUUUUCACGGCAAAACGUUUUUUUUUUAAACAUUAGCUUAGCCGGCUAAUGUGAUACCGCUAACGUAAGUCUGUGUAUUUACUUCCAUAUUUAUAUAAAAAUGAUACGUCAUUCAUUUCUAGUUCGGUGAUGAAACAAGUGGAGUUUGCGUUUUAUGAAGCUAAAAAGGUCACAAUAGCCGUUUGCUGGCCCGAGCAUGUAGCUUAGCUUGUGGCUAACCACUAACAAGAAGAGACAUGACCGAGAAUGGCGUGGACAGCGGCCUCAGUCAGUCCUGUAACGGCUCGGAAACACUUGUCGGUGACAGCCGGGCGCCCAAGACCCCCUUGGUGGAUAACAAGCUCUGCAAAGACUUCAACGACACCAUCAAACUCCAGCAGGCUGCUCGCAAUGCCGCAGGGGACAGCCCUUAUCAGCCUCGGCCGCCCUCACUGCCCAGGACACGGAAGGGAAGAACGCCGGAGGAUUCUAUCCGAACCAGGAGACUGAGAUCCAGCCAGGAGAGCUUGAGCGACCCGGUGGGCUCGUCCACUGACUCCCUUAAGGAAGAUGCGACCGUUUCACCCACCGGCGGCUUCGCUCUUGGUCCUGCGUCCCCACUCAAAAGCGACCCAACCGUGGGUCUCGCUUCCACACCGGUACCCGUCGUCUUCCGUAAGAGAGGCAGCAGCCUGUCCGAGUACGAACACGGGCCGGUCCGCCAGCAGCAGCAACAACAAGACUCCCCGGAGCUCCGGCUGAGGUCCGCCCGAAUGAGGCUGUCCCCGCUGCAGCCCACCGGUUCUCUGCCGCCCCUCCAUCAGAACCUGGUGUCCACGGCCAUGAGGACGGCUAAUAGGAUUGACAAGGAUUGUGUGGAUUAUGGGACGAGAAGCGUGCAGAGGCUCCACCGGAAUCUGAGCGAGAGCCGGCUUCUGGACGACGCCCUGUCGGAUAGCGUGUCCGUCAACUCCAUGAGGUCCACCAGCAGCGUGCUGAGUCCCAUCAAGCCCCAGGAUGUGAGGAACAGGAGCUUCCUGGAAGGAGGCGGCUUGGGGAGCGGCGCCCUGCUAGGCGUGGAGGAGCUCACGCGUUACUUUCCCGACAGAAGGCUGGGGCUCUACAUCGUCACCUGGAACAUGCAGGGGGAGAAGGUGCGGGGCGGACCAGGCAAGGGUCUGCCAUCCAACUUGGACGACCUCCUGCUUCCCGCCGACUCCGAUUUCGUACAAGACUUUUACAUCAUCGGGGUGCAGGAAGGUUGUCCUGACAGGAGGGAGUGGGACACACGCCUGCAGGAGACACUGGGGCCGCACUACGUCAUGCUCCACGCGGCGUCACACGGCGUCCUGUACCUCACCGCGUUCAUCAGAAGAGACCUCAUCUGGUUCUGCUCGGAGGUGGAACACGCCACAGUCACAACAAGGAUCAUCUCACAGAUCAAGACCAAAGGGGCUGUGGGCGUUGCUUUGACCUUUUUUGGCACUUCCUUCCUCUUCAUCACAUCCCACUUUACCUCUGGAGAUGCCAAAGUAUACGAGAGGAUUCUGGACUACAACAAGAUUGUGGAAGCGUUAUCUCUCCCUAAAGGACUACCUGAUACCAACCCGUAUCGCUCCACCUCAUCUGACGUCACAACGAGGUUCGAUCAGGUCUUCUGGUUCGGAGAUUUCAACUUCCGGCUGGGUCACGACCGGGCCGGCGUGGAGAGCAUCAUCGAGUGUGCAGCGGGGGGUGACAUGGCUGCCCUGUUGGAGCACGACCAGCUCGCCAAGGAAAUGAAAGACGGUUCCAUCUUCAAAGGCUUCCAAGAGGCGCGCAUCCACUUCCUGCCUACAUACAAGUUUGACAUCGGCACCGACGUCUACGACACCACCACCAAGCAGAGGACGCCUUCGUACACGGACCGGAUCUUGUUUCGGACAAGAUAUGUAGACGACAUCCACGUCCUCAAAUACACCAGCUGCUCCAGCAUCAAGACCUCGGACCACCGGCCCGUUGUCGGCGUUUUCCACGUCAAACUUAAGGCGGGCAGAGACACUAUUCCUCUGGGAGCGGGCCAGUUUGACCGCGUCUUGUACCUGGAGGGCAUCAAGAGGCGGAGCACCAGGGAGUUGAAGAUGAGGGAGGCAAUGAAAAACCAAAGCAGCGUGUGCGCCAUCUCUUGAACUUCCUUCCAAAAGCACCUCUUGAGCAACAAGGAGGCGCUGUGAUGGUCAAUGAGCGGAUGCGCGCCCUCUGCUGGACAUGUGUGGAAACGGCGCACCCUCAGUAGAAACAGGUGGAAACGUGGCUGCACUUGAGGGCGGGAACCUUAACACAGCAGGCAGACCACUCCGAACAAGAGUGGCGACUAAUUUUUUUUUUUUUACUGCGUGUUUUUAUGAUCAUACAUCAGUGUUAACAUGCCUUGUAACUUUAAGUCCAUCAUGUGGAGCUGCUACAUUUGAUUGUGUAAUGUCAGGGUGAUGAAUGUUUGCAGACAAAACCAAACUGACUAUUUGACUACAUUCUUGUUGUCUGUCUCAUACUACUAUAAGUAUGUGUAGCUUUGGGUGCCACUAACAAUCCAUGUCAUGAAUUUCCCUGUAAAAAGACAAAAAGUGCCUGUUUGCAUUUUCUCAGGAUAUCUUUAUCCUCUUUUUUUCUUUUUAACAGCAAUCCUGUAAUUCCAAUAAAACAUUUUUUUUUU